AUGCAACAAGAAAACGAUAAAAGUGUUAAAGUUAUUGAAACAUUUGUGGAUCAAAAGAUAGAAGAAUCAAAACCAGCAGAAAAACAAAUAAUAAGACGAAAACUGUACUUUUUCAAGGAUAAAAGUGAUCUUUAUAAGGAUAUUGAUCCGAAUAAUUUACCUUUACUGCCGAAAGAAGAUCCAAUUGGCGAUCGUGUAGUAAAUCAACUAUUAUAUGCGCCUCCAGAUUAUGAAAAUUAUUCGAAAAAUUUAAGCGUUGAUAAAUACAAACAGAUUUAUUAUUACGACAAAAUGUGGGGGGGAUUUUUGCGAUAUGGAACAGAAAAAUUCAAAUCGUGUCUUGUCUUUACAUGUAAUAUUACGGACAACAUUGAAAAUGCAGAUUUGGUUGUUUUUUUCAGAAGUAAUGCUACUGCACGAUCUCAUCCAGAUCAACUUCAAAUGUUUUUCACGAUGGAAAGUCCUUUACAUUUUAAUCGCUUUCCGAGGAAUUCUUUUGAUUUGACAUCGACCUAUAAACGAGAUAGUGAUAUUGUUGCUGAUUACAGUACGUGGCUUUAUUAUGACGAUCGCAUAAAAAAGCUUCCACAAACUACAAAUUACGCCGAAGGAAAAACAAAAAAAGUAGCGUGGUUUGUCUCAAAUUGCAAUGCACACAAUGAUCGACUAAAAUUUGCUUUGGAGCUCCAAAAGUACAUUCAAGUUGACAUUUAUGGUCCGUGCGGCGGUUCUAAAUUAAGUUGUCCUCGCAGUAAACAACAAGAAUGCUUACAAAUGCUGCGAAAAGACUACAAAUUUUAUCUUUCGUUUGAAAACUCAAAUUGUCGUGAUUAUAUUACGGAAAAAGCUUUUAGUACGGCGUUGAAGCAUCAAGUUUUGCCAAUUGUUAUGGGAGCAAGACCCGAAGACUAUCAACGAUAUAUGCCGGAAAGGUCUUUUAUUCAUGUCGAUGAAUUUCAGUCGGUACAGAGUCUCGCAGCUUAUCUGAAUCUGUUGGAUCAAGACGAUGUCUUGUAUAAUUCGUACUUUGAAUGGAUCGGAACAGGGGAAAUUCUUACGGAUCAAUUGAUGUUUUGUCGUCUCUGUGGCAUGUUACACAAUCCUGAUCUGGAUCGAAGUAAAUUUUCACUCAGUGAUAAAAGUAUUGUUGAAUUUUGGAAUGGAGAGGGGAUAUGCAAUCGAGAAAAUUGGAAACUAAAGAAAACCACACAAGUUGUGCAUUUUCACACAAGCAAAUUCUACAAUUUUUAA